UGGUCAGUCUGAGCAGGCAGCUGAGAAGACGCCUAUGUCGGCGGGUCCUUCGAGUGGACGCACAGGCUUCAAACACUUCCUGGUUGGGAAGAGUCGUGUUAUUGUGAGCUGGGAAGUGACAGGAAACGUGUUGUGUGUCAGAGGGGAAGGAGCCCUGCAUGCCUGUAGCACUGCUGACUGGGGUUUAGAGCUUGAAACGACUCGGGUGGCAGCAGUAGGGUUACUGUGUGUGUGUCAGGUACAGUAGGUUUUGUCUGCUACGGUAUGUUUGGCAGCUUUGGGUUAUUUUAUAGGGAGCUGUGAGUUUUAAAGUGUUCCUGAGGCUUGUUGUGGGCAGUGUGUGUAAUAUGUGAGGAGCCCAGUGCUGUACCUCUGUGUAUAGCAAGUGAGCUUCAUUGCUUGUGGGCUAUGCUGUAACUAGAAGUGACUGGGCCCCACAGUAAAGGCAGAAAAGCAACCACAAGAUAAUGAUAAUAUACUGCAUAGCAAUCAUCCCUUCCAUGCCCUCUAGCUGCUUUUCAACUUAAGCCCCUUAGCUGUUGGAAUGGCUUCCUACCACUGUCACUAAAUAGUCUGUUGUGUCGCUAUUGUAUUACUUUACUGUAAUCAGUCCCUUUUCCACUGGGGCAGCAGUGGCACCUUCCGAUUGUAUUUGUGAUUGGGGUGUAGGGUUUCCUGGCUUGGCUGUAGAGCCGGGGGUUAUGGUUUCCACGCUGCUGUCAGGUUGCUCAUUCGUCUUUAGAAUCAGUUUGUUCUUGGAUUAAAGGCAGGCGGAAGGAGUUUUAUAUAAAGGCUACAAGUGACAAUGGACAGCUAUAACACAAAAACAGGGCUGUAAUUGAAGUAUUGCCACCUUGCUUGUGUUGUAAGCCUAAGGUAGUGUCAACACCGAUUUGAAGUAUGAAUAAUUGUGCCUACGGUGUGCCAGUAAAACACUGUAUUAGGGCUGAGUUAUUCUGUGUAUUGAUAACGAUGUAUGUGUAGACAUUGGCAAUGUUUUUUCGCAUUGUGUGUGUACACUGGUAUUUGCAAGCAGUAUGCACAGCGCUCUGUGUUGGAGAGACUGAUCAGACAGGACUUGUUGCUCUUUUCCUUUGAUUUGGGAGCAUGGCUUGAGGCGACACAGCUGCCUAGAUCUUUGGGGGGGGGGGCAGGUAAGAGGGCAUGGACGAAGACUUGGGCAACAGCAGCUCGGGAGCUUCCAGCGAAUCGGAAAGGAACCCUGAAACUGAAAGACUUGUGGUGAGCCGGAGACACAGCGUCAAGGCCUUCAGUGGGCUUCGAUUCUUCAGGCGCAGAAAAGCCAUUGCCAAAUCCGGAGCUCAGCACCUGGUGGCUACCCCAAGUGUCCUGCCCAGUGAGCCCGAUACCCAAGUGCGCAACACUGUGGACUGGAGUGAAUCCGCAGUGUACGGGGACCACCUUUGGUUUGAAACAAACGUAUCUGGAGAUUUCUGCUACUUGGGAGAACAAAACUGCACCUCCAAACAAAAGUCAGCUACUCGAAGAAAGUGCGCAGCGUGUAAGAUUGUGGUCCAUACGCCGUGCAUUGAGCAGCUGGAAAAGAUAAACUUCCGGUGUAAGCCUUCAUUUAGAGAGUCUGGUUCUCGCAAUAUUCGGGAGCCGGUAAUUGUUCGGCAUCAUUGGGUUCACCGGAGGCGACAAGCGGGAAAAUGUCGACAGUGUGGGAAGGGGUUCCAGCAAAAAUUUGCCUUUCACAGCAAAGAGAUUGUUGCAAUCAGCUGCUCGUGGUGCAAACAGGCUUAUCACAGCAAAGUAUCUUGCUUCAUGUUCCACCAUAUAGAAGAACCAUGCUCUUUAGGGGUUCACGCUGCUGUCAUUGUGCCUCCCACAUGGAUUAUUCGGGCUCGUCGACCACAGAGUUCCCUCAAGUCCAGUAAGAAGAAAAAGAGGCCGUCAUUUAAAAGGAAACUCAGCAAGAAAGCAUCCGAGGAACCCAGGCAGCGGCCGUUUAUCAUCAGACCAGGACCAUGUCCCUUAAUGAAACCCGUACUCGUUUUUGUAAAUCCCAAAAGUGGUGGAAAUCAAGGAGUCAAAAUCCUUCAGUCCUUUAUGUGGUAUCUGAACCCUCGUCAAGUGUUUGAUCUGAGCCAGGGUGGUCCAAAGGAAGCGUUAGAAAUGUAUCGAAAGGUCCCUUCUCUGCGCAUCUUGGCCUGCGGUGGAGAUGGCACUGUUGGAUGGAUCCUUUCUGCUCUGGACCAACUGCGCCUUUUCCCUCCUCCACCUGUUGCCAUCCUACCUCUUGGGACAGGGAAUGACCUUGCCAGAACACUCAACUGGGGUGGGGGCUACACAGAUGAGCCAAUCUCUAAAAUCUUAAACCAUGUGGAGGAGGGGAUGGUUGUCCAGUUAGAUCGGUGGAACCUGGUAGUGGAGAGAAACCACGAAGCUUGGGAAGAUGAUAAGGGGGAUGGUGCCACAGAUAGGCUACCACUGGACGUAUUCAAUAACUACUUCAGUCUGGGGUUUGAUGCCCACGUCACACUGGAAUUCCAUGAGUCCCGAGAGGCAAAUCCUGAGAAAUUUAACAGCCGCUUCCGUAACAAGAUGUUCUAUGCGGGGACCGCGUUUUCAGACUUCUUCACUGGCAGCUCCAGGGACCUGUCUAAACACAUCAGGGUGGUGUGUGAUGGUAUGGACCUGACUGCUAAAAUCCAGGACCUCAAACUACAGUGUUUAGUGUUUCUUAACAUCCCACGGUACUGUGCUGGCACGAUGCCAUGGGGAAAUCCAGGGGAGCACCAUGAUUUUGAACCUCAGCGGCACGAUGAUGGAUGCAUUGAAGUGAUUGGUUUUACCAUGGCAUCCCUGGCUGCUCUGCAGGUUGGAGGUCACGGGGAGCGUUUGCACCAGUGCCGAGAGGUUCUGCUUACCACCUUCAAGUCCAUUCCCAUGCAGGUAGAUGGUGAGCCCUGCAAGCUGGGGCCAUCAGUCAUUAAAAUCAGCCUGCGAAACCAGGCCAACCUUGUACAAAAAACAAAGAGGCGCACGUCUGUCCCACUGCUCAAUGAUCAGCAGCCAGUCCCGGACAGACUCCGUCUGCGUGUUAACCGCAUUUCCAUGCAUGAUUAUGAAGCGCUGCACUAUGAUAAGGAGAAGCUGAGAGAGGCUUCUCUCCCACUGGGCGUUAUUGUGGUCCCUGGAGACAGUGACCUAGAGACUUGUCGCGCACACAUCGAGCGGCUGCAGGAGGACUUUCCUGCCUACCCUACAAUCUUACAGCGCCUCGAUCUAAAGGAGGAUGGAACAGCUAGACCCCAAACUGUCUCGUCACAGAAGCUAUCCCCAAAAUGGUGUUUCCUUGAUUCCACCACUGCUGACCGCUUCUACCGAAUCGACCGGGCACAGGAACAUCUGAACUUUGUGUUGGAGAUCUGUCAGGAUGAACUCUAUGUGCUGGAUCCAGAGCUGAUCAUAACCCAGUCGGUUGGCACCUCCCCUGCCCUGCUGGACACCAGCGACAAAACUGCCAGUCCCAACACCCGACUUUUUCAGUUCCCCCCACCUCCCACUUCCCCUCCGCUCACUGCAUCACCAGAGGAAUCUCACAGAAGCAGGUCAGCGAGUGACACCUUUCUCACCAAACCAGUCUGCAGCCAUAACAGGACAAUGGAAGGAUUCUCAGAAUCUCAGUCUAAUGGCAUAUUGUUGGAAGCUUCAAAAAAUGGCGACCUGGAAAAGUUUAGGGAGGUGCACCGAGCUGGGGGCAACCUGACCCUGAGAGAUGCCCAGGGCUGCACACUCCUGCAUCAUGCCGUUACCUCUGGGAGCAAAGAGAUUGUCAAGUAUAUCAUUGAGCAUGCUCCCACUGAAAUCCUGGAUGUAGCAGAACUAAUAAAAGGGGAGACCUGUCUGCACCUCGCAGCGUCCUUACGCCAGCGCACAAUCUGCCAUUACAUCGUGGAAGCCGGCGCGUCCCUGAUGAAAACAGACCUGCAGGGGGACACCCCGAAAAACAAAGCAGAGAAGGCGAAGGACCUAGAGCUGGCAGCAUACCUAGAGAAUAGGCAGCACUACCAAAUGAUCCAGAGGGAGGACCAAGAGACUGCAGUGUGAUGCCACUGAGUGGAAGAGGAGCAGAGACUGUAUCCCCCCCCCCCACACACACACACAGACUUGAACCUCUCUUCGGAAAAUCCUAAACUUCCUAAUUCCCUUUCUGGGAGAUCUGCACUUUUGUUCACACCCUCUCCCAGCAGAAGGCCUUACUCUACAUCUCCCAAACAUCUCCUUCCAAGUUACACUAUGGGGAGGGGAGAUGUUCCAUCCCUUACAGAGACAAUGGCACACGCUCAACUCCCGGCAAUCAUACUCCCUGCAAAGCUGGACAUCAUUAUGCACCAGUUACACUGCAAGCUCCAUUGAGGCUAGGGUUGCCACCUUUUCCAGAAAAAAAUACCGGCCUUCCUAUAUAUAUUUAUCUUUUUUCCCUAUUCAUAACAUUGGGAUCGGCCAUCAUUUCUACAUGCCAGGCCAUUAAAAUACCGGCCAGGUGGCAACCCUAAUUGAGGCACAUGAUUAUACUUUGGCUCUAUGUCUCUAGAAUGGAUCAUUCAAUACAAGGAGGGGGGGGGUUGUUCAUCCUCUGCAUAUUUGCAUUUAUACACAAGAGCUGGCAGUUUUCACAGCAGAGAGAAGGCUACCUCUUUAUCACUACUAGGGGUGCAGUUUACAGUGAUGCAGCUGCAAAUACUCAUGUAUAAAUUGCAAUGGCUAAGGUAACGGCUUCCCUUAAAGUGAUUGUAAGCAGAAUGUUAAAUUCUCGUCACCGCCGUUCUUUAGAACAGUGACGUUUGGCUACUGACUGGGAUUUGGGGAGUGCAAAGGUCACUGCUUUAGAGAGGCUCCCCUAUAGACCUGCUCACUGUGCGUACCUCACUAUAGGCCGUAUUGUUCUUUUUCUAGAAUCCGUGUCAGACCUACUCUUAUUUGUGGUUGUUUUUGCACAAGCCCUUGCACAUAUCCCCCUACUUCGGCUCAGGACUGCCCUGCUCUGGCCAUGCCGUGCCCACUUGGGGCUUCAUACGUUCUCUGCGUUGGAGUGACCACCUCUUGUGCAACUCGUCCUGUGAAUCUUAUCGCUGUCUUUCACCUUUGUCCUUACUCUGAGGUGUGUACUAACUAGAUAUAAGAGCAGUUUGGAGUGUUUACCUACCCAAGCGCUUCAACUUAGUUUUUAACCAUAUCUUCCUUUCAAAGGGUUUGUUCACUUUGAAUUAACUUUUUAGUAUGAUGCAGAGAGCAAUAUUCUGAGACAAUUUGCAUUUGGUCUUCAUUUUUUAUUAUUUGUGUUUUUUUAAAUUUAUUUAGCUUUUUAUCCUGCAGCUCUCGAGUUUGCAGUUUCAGCCAUCUGGUUGCUAGGGUCCAAAUGACCGUAGUAACCAUGCAUUGAUUUGAGUAAGAGACUAAACCAUGAAUAGGAGAAGGCCCGAGUAGAAAGAUAAUUAAUGAAAAGUAACAAUACAUUUAUUGAAUUACAGAGCAUUUGUUUUUUUUUUUGAUGGGGUCAGUGACCCCCAUUUGAAAGCUGCAAAGAGUCAGAAGAAGAAGAAGGCAAAUAAUUCAAAAACUAUAACAAAUAAAUAAUGAAGGUCAAAAAAGUUGCUUAGAAUUUGCCAUUCUAUAACAUACUAAAAGUUAACUUAAAGGUGAACCACCCCUUUAGCUCUCUCGUCCAUAUCCCAACCGCAGGUCAGAUUGUAUUUUUGUGAAUUUCGUAUCGAUGUUGCCUCUCACCAGAGCUCUAAAUUCUCAAGCCCAAACUGUUUUGUGUUGGUUGUGGUUGUUGCACAUAGCGAGGGGAAAUCUGUCUUAUACUUGACGUUGUUUUACCUUGGACCAGGAACUACAUCAAUCGUUCGGCCAUCUUGGACCAGUCACUGUUUUUUUUGUUUUGUUUGCUGUAGUCACUGGCCAUGUCAACCACGGCCCAGCCGCCAUCUUGGUGCAGCCGUUUGGCUAUUCUUGCCUCCCGCACCCACGAGUAUUGUAAUCUACAAACUAUAUUGUCACUGAGACGAGUUAUUUGUUUCAUACUGUUUUAAAAUGUGUUCUUUUUAUUUCAGUGGUUUUAUUUUAACUUAUUGCAUAUUUUAUCAUAGGUUUUUUUUUUGUCAUUUUGUUAUAAUGUUGAUUAACGAUGUCAAAUAAUUACACUUUUAACCUCC